AUGUGUCUGGCCAGGCAGUCCGCCCAACAGUUCGCCUAUCAGCUCUUCUCCAAGGCCACCUUCACGCAGCUGAAGGGCUACAGCUUGAUGGAGCUCUCUUGGAUGCUGCUGCGCCAAGCCGGUCGCGGAAACUACACCGCCGAAAUGCAUUUAAUGCGACAGAACCACCAGAAGCGCAUCCAGCAUGCACAGCGGGUUCUCCAGCAGGUCAUGUCUGACAGCAGCCGGCUGUACUGGCGCUGCGAUCCCGGCAGGAACGAGCAUGUGGAGGGCAAGACCUAUGCCCGUGUCACUCGUCUGCUGCAGGGCUUUGUGGAGAACGAGAUCAACCUGAAUCCGGACCAGAACUGCCGUAGCAGCUGCCCAGACUACCAUGACACCCGCUCGAGCGGCUGCUACCAGCCGGAGGAGGAGUUCUGUGGCCAGCAGCCCGCCUGCAAGGGAAGGCUCUACAACUGCAACACCAUCGAGUCCGACAUCUCGGUCUGCUUGUCCACGAACGCCUCUUCUGCCAGGCGGUAUGAGUACAUCACAUGGGAUGAUACCAGCCCGGUUUGCGAGUCCACGGUGAGGAAGCCCUCCUCCUGGUCAAGAUUGAUCUUCUGGCGCUGCCACUACUGUUUUUGCCUUUGCGAUGAGCCGGGACCCAACUCCGAUCGCUUUUUCAACCUUCGCGACUCCAUGUCGGACUUCAAGCAGAACAAAGUUGUGACUGGUGUCCGGUUUGUGAAGCGCCAGCGGGUCUUCCACUUGCAGCUGCAGCAGGGUGAGCUGCUGCCCGGAGGCGUCAUCAGGAACAGCUCGUUGGAAUGGCUGCCCGUGGAAGAGUACAACGUGACUGAUGUGGACAUACGUGAUGCCUACGACUACCACACCUUGAGCGUGGAUAGCCGAGCCAUGGACCUGGAUGAGAUUUCCGUCAACACAACGGACCAGGUGGUUACAGGAUUCCGGUUCCGUGUCUUCAAGAAACACCUGAACCUGGAGGUGCGUUUCAGUUCCUUCAACUUCUCCACCGGUCGCCUAAUCGAACCGCAGACGAAGAGCUCUUGGCUGGGCAAUCAGAACUCGCAUCUCGAGGGUAAGCGCAAGCGAUUGAUUUUGAAGGAGAGCGACUUGCCCACUGCCUCGGAGUUGCCAUCGCUGCCGCUGUCCCAGGACAACCAGUACAUGGAGUUCGUCAGCUCCAGCCAACUGAAGGAUGCGGCCCAGAACACUUUUCCCUUCGUGGAUGUGCAGGACGUGGUACCCCAACAGGCAGUGCCCCUGGCCGGGCUGGGAAUCUACUACAAGGGACGUCCCGGCUACGGCGGCUUCUUUGCCCCCAAGGUAGUGACAUACGAUUUGUCCAAGAAAUUGCUGGACCCUCGUGAAAAUCUAUAAUUUGAUCAUUUUACCAUUCAAAACUAGACUAAGAACUCAUAUGGUUUA